CAAUAGGGCCAUUUUGACCGCUUUGGAGUGUGAAGAAGCGGCCGAACAUCCAAACAACCGACUGGCCACCUUCCUCCCUAGGUCCCCCACUGGCAAGGCAGGGCAGAGGGGGGUGUGUUGUUGAGUGCAAGACACCGUCCGCGGUAACCUCAGCCCUUCCCGUUUUUAUGGAGAGGAGAGGCUGUUAGCAGCAGGGGCAGUGCCAGACCUGGAGGAGACCAGAGGAGGUGGAAGUAGCCUCGGAGCUGGAUAAUAAAACAGAAGAGCACCGACAGACAGUCUCUACACGGGAGCAAGACCUUAUUGGCACUGCGGAGACCUGCAGGCCGGACACCUGGGCCCUAAAUUAAGGCACCCCAAGGUGCUAGGAAGAAAGCACCAUGGCAGGGGCCUCUGUGAAGGUGGCGGUGCGUGUCCGCCCCUUCAAUUCAAGGGAGAUCGGCAAAGAUAGCAAAUGCAUCAUUCAGAUGUCUGGAAACACCACCACCAUCGUCAACCCCAAGCAGACCAAAGACAACAAGAGCUUCAACUUUGAUUACUCCUACUGGUCCCACACCUCGCCAGAGGACAUCAAUUAUGCCUCUCAGGUGCAAGUGUAUAAAGACAUCGGAGAGGAAAUGUUGCUGCACGCCUUCGAGGGAUACAAUGUCUGCAUCUUUGCUUACGGGCAGACAGGGUCUGGCAAGUCCUACACCAUGAUGGGGAAACAGGAUGUCAAGGACCAACAAGGAAUCAUUCCCCUGCUGUGUGAAGAUCUUUUCACUAAGUUCAACAACAAUGCAGACAACAACAUGUCUUAUUCUGUAGAGGUAAGCUACAUGGAAAUCUACUGUGAACGUGUGCGGGAUUUACUGAACCCCAAAAACAAAGGGAACCUGCGUGUUCGAGAACAUCCUCUGAUGGGACCUUAUGUGGAGGAUCUGUCGAAGCUGGCUGUUACCUCCUACAAUGACAUCCAGGACCUCAUGGACUCUGGCAACAAGGCCAGGACUGUGGCUGCCACCAACAUGAAUGAGACAAGCAGUCGCUCUCAUGCUGUCUUUAACAUCAUAUUCACUCAGAAACGCCACGAUGCUGAGAGUGAUAACACCACUGAGAAGGUCAGCAAAAUAAGUUUGGUGGAUUUGGCCGGCAGUGAGAGGGCAGAUUCUACUGGAGCCAAAGGGACCAGGCUUAAGGAAGGAGCAAAUAUCAAUAAAUCUCUAACUACACUGGGGAAAGUCAUCUCCGCUUUGGCAGAAGUGGACUCGGGGUCAAAUAAGAAUAAAAAGAAGAAGAAAGUGGAAAACUUCAUCCCCUACAGAGAUUCAGUUUUGACUUGGCUACUGAGAGAAAAUUUGGGGGGAAAUUCUCGUACUGCGAUGGUUGCUGCUCUGAGUCCAGCUGACAUCAAUUACGACGAGACCCUCAGCACACUAAGGUAUGCAGACCGAGCAAAACAGAUUCGAUGCAAUGCUGUGAUCAACGAGGAUCCCAACAACCGAUUGGUGCGUGAGCUGAAGGAUGAAGUGUCUCGUCUGAAAGACCUCCUCUGCUCCCAGGGCCUGGGUGACAUCAUUGACACAUAUCGAGCGUCUGGUGCUGACAUAGAGGGUUUGAAAUACCUAUCCGAUCACAAGAACAAUAACAAUAAAGGCCAAGAUGUGAAUCAAAGGGAUGAUUUUUCCACAGUGACCAAUGCCAUGACGGGGAUGAGUCCCUCUCCGUCUCUCUCAGUCUUGUCCAGCCGUGCAGGAUCCAUCGCCAGUCUUCAUGAUCGUAUCAUGUUCAGCCCAGGCAGCGAAGAGGCCAUCGAGAGGCUGAAGGAAACAGAGAAAAUCAUUGCUGAACUCAAUGAGACUUGGGAAGAGAAACUUCGCCGAACCGAAGCCAUUAGAAUGGAAAGAGAGGCCUUGCUGGCAGAAAUGGGUGUAGCAAUGCGAGAAGAUGGUGGGACAGUCGGUGUGUUCUCUCCCAAAAAGACACCUCAUCUGGUGAAUCUCAACGAGGAUCCUCUGAUGUCUGAGUGCCUGCUGUACUACAUUAAAGACGGGAUCACCAGGGUAGGUCGUGUAGACGCCAACAGUCGUCAGGAUAUAGUCCUCAGUGGCCACUUCAUCAAGGAUGAGCACUGCACCUUUACCAGUUCUACUGGUCCAAUGGGAGAAACAGUUAUCCUUGAGCCCUGUGAAGGAGCUGAGACUUAUGUCAACGGAAAGAGAGUGACAGAGCCCACUGUCCUCAAAUCAGGAAAUCGCAUCAUCCUGGGGAAGAGCCAUGUGUUCCGGUUCAACCACCCUGAGCAGGCCAGGGCUGAGAGGGAGAGGACCCCAUGUGCAGAAACCCCUGCUGAGCCCAUGGACUGGGCCUUUGCCCAGAGGGAGCUGCUGGAUAAACAGGGCAUUGACAUGAAACAGGAAAUGGAACAGAGGCUGCAGGAGUUGGAGGACCAGUAUCGCAAAGAAAGAGAGGAAGCCAACAACCUUCUGGAGCAGCAAAGACUGGACUAUGAGAGCAAGCUGGAGGCUCUUCAGAAGCAAGUGGACAGUUACUACCCAGAAACCCUUGAAGAAGAGGAAGAGCCAGAAGAGGAAGUGCAAUGGACAGAGAGGGAAACAGAGCUGGCUGUGUGGAGCUUCCGUAAGUGGCGGUGCUACCAGUUCACCUCUCUCCGUGACCUUUUAUGGGGGAAUGCCAUCUUCCUUAAGGAGGCCAAUGCCAUCAGUGUGGAACUCAAGAAGAAGGUCCAGUUCCAGUUUGUGUUGCUCACAGACACACUCUACUCCCCCCUGCCUCCAGACCUGUUGCCCCCAGAGGCAUCUAAGGACAGAGAGAAGCGACAGUUCCCACGCACCAUUGUGGCCGUGGAGGUGCAGGAUCAGAAAAAUGGAGCAACCCACUACUGGACAUUAGAAAAACUGAGGCAGAGGCUCAAUCUCAUGAGAGAGAUGUACGAUCGUGCUGCUGACGUCCCCAACAAUACCACUGAAGAAGGUGAAAAUGUGAUGACCGGAGGAGACCCCUUUUAUGACCGCUUCCCCUGGUUCCGUCUGGUUGGCAGAAACCCCAUUUUCAAGACAUGCAUGAGCGAGCGCAUGAGUGACCCUACCCCAUCCCCGACCCUCUCCAACUCUGAAAUUACUGAGCUGGCUGACCCGCAGCGGGAGGGUCGAGGGGAGGAGGAGGAAUUGGAGGACCUGGACGAUGAUAUCUUUUUGGACGACCCGUGCUCGGAGCUCGGGGGAGAGGAGGAUGAUGAUGAUGAUGAUGAUGAUGGAUAUGAUGAUGAGGGAGAGCUCUGCCGUGGCUCCGGCGAAGGCCAGGAUCCCUUUUACGACCGCUCACCAUUAUUCAGUGUAGUGGGAAGGGCUUUUGUUUAUCUGAGCAACCUGCUGUACCCGGUUCCUCUCGUUCACCGAGUGGCCAUCGUCAGCGAGAAGGGCGAAGUGAAGGGCUUCCUCCGCGUGGCGGUGCAGGCCAUAUCAGCUGAUGAGGAAGCUCCCGACUACGGCUCAGGAGUGAGGCAGUCAGGCACUGCCAAAAUCUCAUUUGAGGAUCAGCAAUAUGAAAAGUUCCAGUCCGAGUCCUGCUCUGUAGGACUGUCCCGCACAGGGAUUUCACUGGAGGAACUUCGUAUCGUGGAGGGAGAGGGGCAGAAUGCAGAACUGGGACCCUCAGCUGAUGAGGUCAACAAUAACACAUCUGGUGCAGAUGAACCUGAGAAUCCACUGAAGAGUCUGGACGGCCCGCUCGACACCGCUCAGGAGCACCUGAGGAUUGGUAAUGUUUUUACCUUCAGGGUGACUGUCCUGCAAGCCUCCAGCAUCUCUGCAGAGUAUGCUGACAUCUUCUGCCAGUUCAAUUUCAUCCACCGUCAUGAUGAAGCCUUUUCCACUGAACCCCUAAAGAACACAGGCCGCGGCCCCCCUCUUGGCUUCUACCAUGUGCAGAAUAUUGCUGUUGAAGUGACUAAAUCAUUUGUCGACUACAUCAAGACUCAGCCAAUUGUCUUUGAAGUGUUUGGACACUACCAGAAACAGCCUUUCCUUCCACUCUGUAAAGACAUCAUCAGCCCACUACGUCCCUGCAGAAGACAGUUUCCACGAGUGAUGCCUCUGUCCAAACCAGUACCUGCCACCAAGCUGACAGCUAUGACCCGCCCGCAGGCUGGACCCUGUCACUGCAAAUAUGAUCUCAUGGUGUUCUUUGAGAUCUGCGAGCUGGAGGCCACUGGAGACUACAUCCCUGCAGUGGUGGACCACAGAGGAGGAAUGCCUUGCCAUGGCACAUACCUACUGCACCAGGGCCUUCAGAGAAGAAUCACUGUAACUAUUGUACACGAGUCAGGAGGUGACAUGGAAUGGAAGGACAUUCGUGAGCUUGUUGUUGGUCGUCUCCGCAACACCCCUGAAGCUGAUGAGACCAUCAUUGACCCCUAUAUCCUCUCUCUCAACAUCUUGUCUGCUGGGUAUGUCAGGCCCAUGCGAGAUGACCGGACUUUCUACCGCUUCGAGGCCGCUUGGGAUAGCUCCAUGCACAACUCCCUGCUACUAAACCGAGUCACUCCAUAUGGAGAGAAGAUCUACAUGACCCUCUCAGCUUACUUAGAGAUGGAGAACUGCACCCAGCCCGCAAUCAUAACCAAAGAUAUCUGCAUGGUGUUUUACUCGAGAGACACAAAGCUCUCAUCCUCCCGCUCUAUCCGAAAUCUUUUUGGCACUGGAAGCCUGAGAGCGGCAGAUGGAAACCGUGUAACUGGAGUUUAUGAGGUCAGCCUAUGUAACCUGGCAGAUGCAGGAAGCCCGGGUAUGCAGAGGAGACGCAGGAGGGUGCUGGACACCUCAGUGGCCUAUGUCCGUGGGGAGGAGAACCUGGCUGGGUGGAGGCCCCGUAGUGACAGCCUCAUACUGGACCACCAGUGGGAGCUGGUGAAACUCAGCCUCCUUCAAGAUGUGGAGAAGACCAAACAUUACCUCCUGCUGAGGGAGAAACUGGAAUCUACAAUGCUUAUGGGCCUGGAGUCCCUGCAGUCCUGCGUCACCGAGGAGCUGAGUGAGACUCCUCAGCCCCCUGAGGUCGACCAAGAGGUCAGCUCCAGCUCUGAAAUCACCACUGAGAGGCAGAGGGAGCUCGCUGCCAAGUGUUUGCGGCUGCUCACUCACACCUUCAACCGAGAAUACAGCCACGUGUGCGUCAGCGCCAGUGAAAGCAAGAUCUCAGAGAUGUCCGUCACAAUGCUAAGAGAGUCCGCCUCGAUCUCUGCUCUCAACACAAUCACACCCUCCUCAACAUGCCCUUCGCUGGUUGAGGGUUGCUAUGGUAACACGGAGCUCAGACCCCCUAUGCCUCGCUCUCGCGCCGUCAGCCCCAGUCCUGAUACACAGCAGGACACAGAGGCCAAAAAGUCCAUCAACGGAGCCUCUGAAAUCAAACCACGGAGCCGCAGAUUUGUCCCUGAUAUCCAGGAGAUUAGAGUCAGCCCCAUUGUGUCAAAGAAGGGAUACUUACAUUUCUUGGAGCCAAACACCAAUGGAUGGGUGAAGCGCUACGUUGUUGUGCGGCGGCCGUACGUCUACAUCUACAACACUGAGAGAGACUCUGUGGAGCGGGCUAUCCUCAACCUCUCCUCUGCCCAGGUGGAGUACAGUGAGGACCAGCAGGCAAUGCUGAAGACCCUGUACACAUUUGCCGUGUGUACAGAACAUCGUGGAAUAUUGCUUCAAGCCAUUAAUGACAAAGAGAUGCACGACUGGCUCUAUGCGUUUAAUCCUCUCCUUGCUGGAACUAUCAGGUCGAAGCUGUCGCGAAGACGAGCCGGACCGAUGAGGAUGUGAAACAAGACAAAUCUUAUGCGAGAAGGUUGAACGCAGAGACUAAACUGUACAUACAUCCUUGUCCUAAUCCCUCCCCUUGUGCUGAGCCCCACAUCCCCACAACAGUCACAAACAACUAUCCUUCCCCUGUACGUUCUCAGUUUAUCACUAGUGUCCUCAGCACCUAAAGCGCCCAUUUCGUGUCAGGCCUUUUCUGCGGUGUGAGUUUCGUAGUCUGAAGAAACCUCUUCAAAAACUGUCACUGUCCUGUACUGGAGUUUAUUCAUAGCUGGGCGAUUGAAGAAAAAUGGAAGAAGUAGCAUCAGUUUCUUAUCUCAGAUUCCAUACGUAUGGUAAUGUACUGUAGUUGUUGUCAGUGACACAUCGAGCCUUAUACAUUUACUCCUUAAAAAAAAUGCAGUGACAUUUCUUUUUACCCAAAGCUGCCACGUCAGUGAGGAUCACAUUGCUACAUUUGCGUCAGUAAAUAGAAAAAACAUUAUGAUUCUUCUCUAUUCUACAGCUAUAUAUAUAUAUAGUGUCGAAACUGGUUCGCAUACAGCUAGAAAAUACACGCUAAAAGAAAAAAAAUGACAGUUGAGUGUAAGUCUUUAGCAUAAUUCUCUUUUCUUUCUGGUCCGUGAAUCCUGACAUCGAGCAAUCUGCGUCCUAUUCUUAAAACUUCUUAGAAACUUUAGCACACACAGCCUGGCAAAGGAAUGGCAUAUCAUUAUAGACUUCAUGUUCUUGUGGCAUUUUUAUCAAUCCAUGUCGUUUUAGCUAUGCGUAGGAGCACCAAGGGUAUCUACAUUCACACAAUAAGUAAUCAAAUGUCAUCACCAUUAACCCUCCCAAAUAAUCUCAUUCUCUACCUGAAUUUUAUUUGUUUUAAAUUGUGAUAUAUUUAGAUAUUUAACAGCUUUUAUUAUUUAUUUCUGCAUGUAUUUAUUUACAAAGACAUUUAUAUUUCUAAAGUAGUAGUACCGUGCAAUUUCUGCACACCGCACUUUUUAAUAUGAGUUCCUUAAAUGUUUGAAUAAUACAACCUUGUCCCCAAGCAGUUAAUGCUAUUUAAAUAGUUGAAUAACUUUAUGAUUGGCCACUUUCUUUGUGCUGAAGAUUACUUGAAUAAUACUUACCCCAUUUAAGAUUAGGGUAGUCGCACCUGACCUUAGACCCCAACUAAUAUACAUCUGAAAAGGUAAUUCUAUUGUUAGGUAGAAGAUAUUAAGGUGGUCUGUCCAUCCUCAGCUGCACAAAGCUACCUUGUUAAAUGAUCAAAAGUAUAAACUGUUCCUCACAGUACAGAAUGAGAAACCGGUUUUCUGAAUGGUAUGUAUAUUGAUUAAAUGUAGUGCCUCUCUUUUCAAUCAUACUGUACAGUAUGCCUCUGCACCAGUUGCUUUGAAACUACAUCCUCCAUGCUGCUAUAAUACUGUUCUGGAAGUGUCUGCAGAUCAUACUACAUCACUUUACUGCUUUUCAACAUCAUCACUUACGUAUUCAAACAACUUUAUCAUUUAUGCUCAUGUUACAUAUCUAAUAUGGCAAUCAGCUGUCAUAUAAUGUCCAUAACACAGAGUAUACUUCAUGUAUAUACAUUAAAAAAAACCCUACUUUAACAUAUUUUAGGAUUGUGUUAAACAAUCAUACUUUGAAUGGAAAAUUCAGUUAGUAGUUAGUAAGUAAGUGCAAGGACUGUACAUUUUCUUUUUCUUUUUUUUUUAUCUGAUUUUGAGUCAGAAAGAAUUCUGCAAAGCAUUUUCUAAGUCUGCUUUUCUUGCCGGUGAGUUUUAAUUUCUCCAUUAACUUCAAACACAAGGGAAAUAUAUUGUGUCAUGUCUUUAUUUUGGCUAGAAAACAUGACGGAUAUUUUUAGAACAUCGGGUAGUUGUGCACUUAAACCUCUUGUGGCUGAAAUGAGUAUUACAACAAAAACAACUAAAAAUCCCUCCCCCUCUUUAGUGGAUGAAAAGAAUCAUUUAAGGAACUUAGAAAGAAAACAUUGUUUCCACCUGUUCUUAAGUCAUAACAAUAGGAGAGAAAACAAUUAAGAUCAGACUUAAAAAAUGAAUCACCAGAAUGUUUUCAAUGCUUCUCAGAGCUUCCGUAGCUUUUUCAUCAAAACUGCAUUUUCUAUUCCAUUCCAUUCAAAUUGAACGUGAAUGUGAAACAGUUCAUAAACUAGUGACAUAUGCAGCUUGUGAGUUGUUGUGUGAAGGUUGAUUGAUGAGUAUGCCUCAGGUCAGCCAGCCUCAGAGCUAGCUCAAAGACAGUAGUGACAUUUCACUUGCAGAGAAGGAGGACAACAUCUCAAAGCAUUAAACUGUUAAGUAUAUUAUUUCUUCUCUUAUGGCACAGUAAAGCAGGGGAUUCAAUUGUAACGGCAAAGUAUUUUUUUAUUUAAGCAUAUUUCCUGAGUUUGGAAAGUAUUCUGUGUGUUGUGGACACAUUUCUGAAGUGAUCCAAUCAAAACAUUUUAAAACCCUACAUGUCUGCACAGCUGUCAGUAGUUGUGGCUAAUCAAACAGUCAAAUGUCUGUAAAUAUAUUUUGUUUGUUGUGUAAGAAGUCAUGUGAUCAAUGCUAUGAUCACAGAGUUUCCUGGCAGAGACUGCAGUUGUAGUUUAUCCAGCCACAGCAUCCUUAUUGAGGGAAUGCCCUGCUGUACAUUACACCAUCUCAAGCACUCAUUUCUGUCUCAUUUCCUUUAAAACCCCAAUCUUAAAAUGUGAGCCCCGGAUUGCUUCAGUCUGAUCUCUGUGUUGAGAUUAUUCCUCGUGUUUUCAUUGGGCCUUUUAAUGUGUGUCACAUUUGAGCCAACCAAAGUUUUCUUGGUGCAGUCACACACAAAAAAUCACACUGAAUGUACAUUGAUAUUUGAAAAUUCUUAUUCUGCUGGAGUGGUUAUGUUGACUUGUCUUUUGUUUUCGCAGUCUGGUUCCUUAUUGAUUGUAGGUGGGUUACUAUCUGGGAACCAAAUGGAGGUUGUGGGAUAUACCUGUAAUAAUCUGUCCACUGACGUGUGAGGGAGGUUGGUUCAUUAUGGUACAGAGUAAUGCUGGUAACCUUACUGUCACACUUUCACUCUUAUUUCAAUAUCUACCGUCAUCUUGCUCUGACAGCCUUCACAAAAUCUACUUUUUCUAAUCCCCUUUGAAGGAAAAUCGUUUACAUUGUUGUGCUUCCACAUCUAAUCUUUUUUUUUUUUUCAAAUUUCAAAAGAACAUUUCUUUUUUUUCCCUUCUUCAAAUGAUUUUUCAUUGUAUAUAAACAUGAUUGCUGUGAACAGUGUAUUAUAAAGUUGCACCCAUUUACAAAAUCCUAAAUGGGCAGUAGUUCAGUCAGUGUCUCUGAGUGUUGGAGUUUAGCGUCAGAUGUUUGUGUACACUAAACACUCAUAUAUUAAAUAAACAUGGAAAUUAUGCAACACAAA